CGGUUGGAAUUUCCGUAUCCGCUCUUCACGCCUUUACACCCAGUUAGCCUUCUCGACCAUAGCCAGCAAAAGUUACAGGGGUUUGGAGAAGGAGGUGGAAUAGGCUUCGUGGCUGCAACUCUCUGUGUGUUUACUACUACAACCUUCUACUCAGAACUCACCACCCCCAGUCAACGCCGUCGCUUUCGGGCGCUCGAGAGAUGGCUGCAGUAGCUGGAAGUUUGCUAAUUCUCACUAGUCUGAUCGGAGCCGUUGUGGGAAACACUUGCACAGAACGUACUUGAUCCAACUCGGAUCACCUUCCAUACCACUUUCCCUGGAGAGUUCUUUGGCAGUUCAACCAUCCCUACCUACUGCAUUAAUGGCACAUCACUGACCUGUAGUACUGAGCCUCUCACUCUCAAUCGUCUCACUGAUGGAGAAUAUGGAAAUGGUUCAGACAGAGUUGACUAUUCACAGUUCAUAGCCUGGAAUAACAAUUCUAGGGUCACACUGACACGUUCUGGUGCACUAGUGCUCUAAAUUCAGUGAGAACUGUAAACCUGUUCUUCUAUCAUGACCCGGCCUUGGAAUAGGUCUACCUGAGUUUAAUCUUAGUGGCUCAAUAGUGAAACGUUACCGGGAACCCCUCUCCCAUACACCAUCCUCGGUAACCAGGACCUCGGUGCUGGUGAUGCGCAAGUCCGAAAUGUGACGCUAGCUCUGCCUCAGAGUAUAGUAGGAGAUGCUAACCGUUUUCACGUUGCAUUCACUCUGAUGAGUGGUAUCCAACAGUUUGCUCUCAGUGAAGUAGAGCUCUGUUCUGACAUAGCCGAAGUUGCAGCAGAGACCCUCUUAGUGAGACUGAACAGUGAACCGAUACAGCUAGUGAACAGGUCAACUGUUCUGAUACCAGCCAACAGGACAGGAGUCGGCGAAGAAGCCGUCAUCAGACUCUCCUGUACUGUGGUCAACCAGGGCAGGUUCACGUGGGUCUGGACACUCCCUGACUCUGUCUCCUCCACAACACAACAAGAUAUACUGGACAGUCAACUGAUACUGGAUGGCACACGGACUAGUGUCAUUGAGGUUCCCCAGAGUAGGGGACAGUGUUGGGGACUACACCUGUACUGCCAGUUAUGCCACUGGCACUGGACUACCUGCUUCAUCUGUUGCUGAGGAAUUUAUCAUUGAUGUAGAAUUGGUUCUGUAUCCUAGAGAAAAAACAGUGAGUUUUAAGGACAAUGACUUUGUCCUGCUGGAAUGCAUCCUGGCCGGCGAGAUUUCAGGGACCGAAGAAAUACAAUGGAUCUUCAAUGGACAGGUGCUAAGCAAUUCUGGAAGACGCAACAUUUUGGAGUCCGACAAUAUAGUGUGUCGCUAUGGCACAUGUCACCAGUCACAACUACAGAUACGACAAGCUAGUGACAGUGAUGCCGGGACAUACACAUGUUCCUAUCCCGGUCAUUCAAAUGUUAUGAUCACCCUUAUGAAUCUUACACCAGCUCCAAGUGUGGAUACUAGCCAAAUUCGUUUUACCCCAACAGCAACCCCCAAACCCAACACAAUUAACUGGGUUCCCAUUGGUGCCGGUGCUGCUGGUGCCGUGCUUGUUUGCCUCAUCGUAAUAGUGGCUGUUCUUAUCUUUGUCAUCUGUUGCUGCACCCGCCGGGGUGCAAUGGGUGCAAUGAAAACUGCCCAGUUCAGGCAUUCCACUGGAAAUGCCUAUAGUGAAGAUGAGUCCGAUGCACUCUAUCAGGUUAUCCCAAAGAAGGAGAUCCCUCCACCUCUUCCCAGCCGCCCCCCACCCGGGUCCUACGCCACUGUUGACUCAAAGAACAACGGACACAUUGAACUAGCCACUCUAACUUCUGGGUCCACCCUGAGGGACUCUAUCAUCUCCAUGCCUGCCGAACUCGGCGGACCAUCCUCCGAUCACACUCUCGCCAAGCUGUCUGUCGCUGCCAAUGGCCAGGGACUGAACCUGAGAAACAACCCACUGUACUCAUCUGCUGAUAAUCUCAUCACAAAUGCACCUCCCCUACCUAACAAAAGGUUUACAAGCACACCCGGUAUGCUAGAAGAAGAAACCCAACUCGACAUCUAUGCGGUCCCAAACAAGCCCCCACCACUCCCCGAACGGAUGAUGAUGACAUCACCAGAACCAAAAGAAGCAUCUCCGGAACCCAUUUACACUGAGGCUGGGCUUUCCCCGGCCAAGUUUCAACGACAGAGUCCCGCACUGUCUCCGUCGCAGUUCCAGGCUCCAUCUCCAUCCAGUACAGAGUCUCCAAGUGGCUCCAGCAAGAUCUGCCCCUACGCUUCCAUCUACGCCGACCCAAAACCCCUUCAUAGGGAAGAAGGACUCAUCGAGGUGCGUCCAUAUCACAUCAAGGAGAUACGUCCGCUGGGGACAGGGCAGUUUGGAGAGGUCAUGUUGGCAGAGACGCUGGGCCUGAGUCACAGCGAUCUUCGACUGGGCGACAGCACAGACAAGAGCGUCAGCAUCCAAGUGGCCGUGAAACGACUCAAACAAAAUGCCGACAAGAUGGUGAAGGAGGCGUUUGAGAAAGAGAUCAAGUUCAUGGCACGCCUCAAUCACAUGAAUGUGAUCCGUAUGCUCGCAAUAUGUCCAACGGGGCAGCCCUUUAUCCUUAUGGAAUACAUGGAGUGUGGAGACCUCCACCAGUACCUGCAGAAGUAUGAGGUGGCUCUCGGUGACAGCGAACUGGCAGCCAAUCAGAUAACAGUUUCCUCUCUCCUCUACGCUUGCAUCCAGAUCGCCAAUGGGAUGCGCUACCUCGCCUCGCUCCACUUCAUCCACCGCGACAUCGCCACACGAAACUUUCUCGUCGGGAAAGACCACGCGGUAAAGAUCGCCGACUUUGGCAUGAGUAGGAGUCUCUACUCUUCGCACUACUACCGAAUCCAGGGCCGUGCCGUACUCCCCAUCAGGUGGAUGGCCAACGAAUGCUUCUACGGACGUUUCUCCGAGAAAACGGAUGUGUGGGCGUUUGGUGUGGCAAUGUGGGAGGUGUUUAUGCUCGCCAAGGUGCAGCCAUUUGACGAAAUGACAGACCAGGAGGUGAUCGAUAAUGCGGUGAACCCCGAGAAGAUGAAGGUGAUGCAGAGGCCCGUGCACUGCCCUGAGGAGGUGUACGAGGUGAUGCUGCAGUGCUGGGAGAAGGACCCUGAGAAACGCAUCAAUUUCGAAGACGUCUAUUCAUCUCUUGCUUCCCUCCAUUCCUACAGUGAUCUCUAGUGUUAUUUUCGCCAUGAAUUUUGUAUUUACCACACAUUGUUUAUACUCAUGUUUGCGCUUUUUUUUCAAGUUGGAAUGGCCGUGGCGUGCGCAAGUUUCACACCCACGCACUAUAAUUACUUUGUACAGCAGCACCGCCGCAAACCGAGACAUCUACUAUAUUAUACUACAGCCAGUACUAUAUGCAGCUACCAGUACUAUUUG